AUGGAAAACAAACUUGUUGGGAAGGAGGAUGCGCUGUCCUUGAGGUUCGAACUCCCGCCCCAGGGAGGCAAGAGCCAGGCACCCCUUUCUCCUAAUGUCUGGUUUUCGGGGUUCCGCGACCCCUUGCAAAGACUUAAGGGCUCUGUGUAUUGUGUUCCUACAUUAUUUGGGAGAAAAGGGGUUAAUCCAUGUCUUCCAGCUGAUUCUGAAAGAAAUCUCAUGCUCCAAAAAAGGGCCUUGUGGGAACAGAGAAGGGGGUCCUUCCUUCUCGAGGGCGGCUCCGCAGGACCCUGGAGGCUGGAGGGUCGCACCUGGUCUUUUUCAUGGCCCUCGCGUCUUUUUCUGAAACCUCCAAUUGGGGUGGAAGACGACGCCUGGGGAAUGAUGAAGAUGCCUGGGAAAGAAGAUAGGAAGGAUUUUCUAUGGAAUGGGCCCAGCCAGUACGACCCAAGCAUGGGGACUUGGCCUGGCGCACAGAAGGUCCUGCGGGGACCCUAUCUAGCGGGCAGGGCCAGUGCAAAGCAGGUCGACAAGGAGUUGCAGCCCACGCGGAGCCGGUCGGCCGGCGUGCUACCGCUUCGGAGAGCUCGACAAAUAAAAGCAGAUUUCACUGGGAAAGUGGUGUCUGGGCGCCCUGGGCUCGUCCCGGUGCCGGAAACGAACGCUGCCCGGCGAGCGGCCUUGGGGACCCAGGGCUGGGACCCGCGGCUGACAAGAGGCCAGAGACCCCCACUGGCCCCGAGAGGCCGCCCGGCGCUGGAGGUGCGACCAGAGCUGCAGCUAAGCCCCCGAGGCGAUCUGCUGUUAGGCCACAACCUGGGCUCGACUAGUGCCCGGGGCCCAAGUCGCAGUAAUCGUGAAAACGAAAAGGAGAUCCGCUCUGCGCUGGACACAAAGGAAGACCCGCGGGAUGUUCACCCACAGGCCAAAAACUCUAAAGACCAAAACGGUCUUUGGGGCGCGGUUGCACGGUAGCACCCCCAUUUUCCAAACCGCAAAUUAAAACUGCGCGGGGUCCACAGUUUGAACGUGUAAGGGCCCGCAGGAGUGGAAAAGAGUACACCUGAUACAGGGCGGGAGCUGCCGGGUGCUCAGGGUUGCAGCCCCCACCCGCAGGCUAUUUCAGCCGGUAGCAUAUUUCUCAACUGCCUACGCCUGUUUUUUUGAAAUGUGCUGAA